CAGCGGGUGCCGGACGGGGCUGAGCUGAGCGCUCGGAGCCCUUGGCAGCUCAGCGCGGGUUUGGCAGCAGCUGGAGGAAGGAGCGAGCAAGGAAGCGCUCGGGGUGAGCUGGCGGCUGAGUCACCGCACAGAGCCACCGAGCUGCCCCUGCCCUGCCCGCCCGAGGGCUCGGGGGCUGCGGCCCCGGGAUGGCACGGACAGUUUUUAGGUUGUUCACCAUGAGUGUGGCCGUGCUCCUGCUCCUGGGGCUGGGGCUGCAGGUGGCAGAGGGCAGAAGGAACAGGUGUUUCUUCAACCGCACUCAGGAGUCCUGUGUGUGCUACAACCUGUCCGAGGAGACCGCUGGCAGCAUCAUCCAGUGCCUCCCAGCAACCACGGUGGAGUUUUGGGGUGGGGAUCUGGAGAAAUACGCAGCCUUCCCCAUCAGGGACCUGGACGACUCUGUCAUUGACACUCUGGGCUCCCUUGUCAUCCAGAAAAUAAUUAUUGGAAAUGUCCUGGUGCCUGAGAUGCUCCUGGCCCGUGUGCUGAGGUUCUUCUCCUACACGCACGUGCAGGAGCUGGCCUUUGAGAGCUGCAUUUUCCAGGGCACAGGCGACUGGAGUGACAUGGAUGGGCAGAACUUGCCCAUCCUGUCCCUGAGCUUCCACAACGUGACCUCAGCCCCGCUGACAGGCCGUGAGCAGGCCUUCUCCAGCCUGAGCAGGUGGCUGGAGACCCUGGAGGAGCUGGCUGUCACCGGCUCCGGUGUCACCAGCCUGCCCUGUGCCAUCGGGAGGCUGUUCAGAGCCCUGCGCUCCCUGAGCCUGGCACACAACAGCCUCGGGGACGGGAGUCUGACCCCCGCCUUCUGCCAGGGAGCCUUCCCUCAGCUCCAGCAGCUGAGUCUGCACCACAACAACCUGAGCUCCUACCACGGCGUAUGUGAGGGCCUGGGGCUGCUGCUGGAGCUCCAGCACCUGGAUCUCAGCCACAACGAGCUCGUGGCAGGCCCAUCCUCCUCCUGCCAGUGGCCACCAUCCCUCCGGCACUUCAACCUGUCCAACACCGGCUUGGAUGAAGUGCCAGCACCGCUGCCUCCCCGCCUCGAGGUGCUGGACAUGAGCCACAACCACCUCCACGCUGUAGACAUCUCCCUCAGCUCCAUGAAGAAGCUCUUCCUGAAUCAAAACCUGCUGCAGGCCGUCCCCUCCAUCAGGAAUUGCCCCGUGCUGGACACCCUCCACCUGGACAACAACUCCAUUUGGGAGCUGUCCAGAGAUGAGGUGAAGCUCCUGGGGCGCCUGCAGGACGUGGCUGUGGCUGGCAACCCCUUCAGCUGCUCCUGCUCUGGGGCCGGGGGGCUGCAGGCGCUGGCAGCCACGGGGCACCUGGGGCAGGGCUGGCCCGGGGACUACAGGUGCCACUCCCCAGCCCAGUACCAGGGCUGGCAGGUGGCCCGGGUGCCCCUGUCGGUGCUGCGCUGUGACCUCGCCGCCGUGGUGGCCCCGCUCUGCGUGGCCCUGGCCCUGCUGGCUGUGGCUGGGGCCGUGUGCCUGGCCAGGAGCAGCGUGUGCCGCAGAGCCUGAGCGGCACCGGGACCUUCCCAGCGCUGCUGCCCCCAGGGGCUCCCGGGCGGGCUCUCAGCUCCCCGUUCUGCUGAGGGGCUCUCCCUGUGCCCAGAGGGGCUCCCUGCUGGAGCAGGGCUGUCCACUGGGUUUUCCUGCUGUGCCUGUACCUUAGCAGCGAGCCCUGAAUGGGGAAUAAUGAGCAUCGACUCCAUGAUUGCAGAAGGCUGAUCAAUCACUUCGUUCUACUAUAUUGUACUGUUCUAAUAAGAAAAAACCCAUCGCCCUUGCAGACAGUCCCAUACAGCUUUGACCUAAUUGAUCAAUCAAUCCAAACACCAUCACCAGUGGCCAAUUAAAAAAUCAGCCUUUGGUAAA